AUGGCGGAAGUGGACAUGGGGCAUAGUGGCUUCUUAUUGCCGCGCAAAGGAUGGAAUGGGGACGACACCUUCGGCUUCUACGAGCAGGCUUCGGAGUCCGCGAUCUUGAAUGGCGAGCUCUUCAGGGAAAACGAGCGCCUCUUCCUGAAGCAAAACCUACGGCUCAGCUCGGUGUCCUUCCCCAUCGGCGGGGAGAACACGGUGGAGAUCGAGGUGAAGGCCUUUUGGCAGCCCGAGGCCAUCCAUUUCAAAGGAACUGGGUCGCGGCCCGGGCGCUUCGUCACUUUGCUGUCCGAUAUCCAACACCCGAUCAGGGACGUGUGGGCUUGGAUCAAGAAGCCUGGCGUGAAUGGUGAACUCGCCGAAGCGCUGGUGCGUCCCUUGUACAAGAAGGGCUUCUCCGUGGUGAUGCUAGACAUGCCGGGCAGCGGCGGCAGCGCGGCGAACGCAGAGCUCACGGUGGACUACUCGGUCUGGGAGGCGGAGGAUUGGCGCAUCGUGGAGGCGGCCAUGCGCGGCUCUGGCCAAAGGAAACCGGGGGGUCCUCGAACCCCUGUGGAUGGACGAAAUCCGCGCACCACGAAAUGA